GUUCAGCCAACCGGCGCGGGGCAUCCGUAGUCCUGGCAACAGACUGUUUCAUGCCCUGCGAGUCUCAACACUCGCAAAACUUAAAAUGACUGUUUUUCAGAAAUCUCGACACUCCCGCGAAAGCAAGGGAUCGCGUGCGCGCGUGCACGCACAUACACGUGCACACACACACGCACACAUACACAGAUCUUCCUCUCUUCAGCGUCCACAAUCAUGGACUAUUCCUAUGAAAAGUUUGAGGCCUUUUCCCCCAGUCGAUGCUGGGUAAGCUCCCGCUCCCGGGAAGCAGCGCCGCCUCCAGGAAGCUCUCAGCCCAGGCGGACGUGUGCAAGUGUAGUGAGAGCAAGGACAGGAGGUGCAUGUCUUAUUAUGCCGUCCCCCUCUGGGGGAGGGGUUACCAGGGAGUCGAGGGGUGGGUCAUACACAUUUCUCAGAUUUUCAUGCCUGGGCUGGAGGAGUGGGUCAAGUUGCCUUGAUUUAGAAACCAGAAGCCCAACCCAGUAUGCCUGGGAAAGGUAUCCAGGCCCAGGCUCACCCCAUUUCUUCACUGGACAUUAAUGCGCUUGGUGCUGGAGUAGAAGCAUGAAAGUUGUCAGUGGUCAAACUUUUGACAAUAGCCUGCUGUGGGACCAGUCCUGGGCAAAGCCCUACAACAUCAGAGGAUUCUGCCAGUCUCAGACCUCGACUAGUGAUGAAGAUGCCAGCAGGGGUCCCGUCUUCAACCCUGAACUGGUCAUUGCCCACUGCUUCAAGCAGUUCAAGCAGAAGGACUUCCACCUGCCUCAAAGCCGCCGGCGGAUCAUCAUCUUGCCUCGAAAGGAAGAUGCAACCUCCGUCGUCAAUCCAACACCACAGCCCCAGGCUCCCUCACAAAUCAUCCCCAGCUUCAAAGCCCUGGAAGCCAGGGAUGUCCAAGAGCCCCCGGAGGAUGUGAGAACCUGGAUGAGCCAGAGGUUGAAAUUUCGGCAGGAACUAGAGUCAUGUGUCAACAUAGACAAGUGGCUGCAGAACAAGUCCAGCCUCACGCCUUCAGAGGCCAAGAUCUUACGCAUGACCCACAAGGAGCAUCCUGUGGCCCCGCUGAUGGCCCACUUGGUUCCUCCCAGCCCCACCAAGAAGAAAAUCCUCCGACCAUUCCACCAACCGAUACCCCAGCUCCGACUGCCCAAGCCCUCUGCCCUGUUUGUCUUGUACUCCUACCUGCGCAGCCACAAUAUGAAGAUCCUGGAUAUAUUUGCCAGGGUGGAACAGAGCAAUAACCAGGCGAUCUCCAGGGAGCUGUUCAUUAUGGCUCUGAAGGUGCUUGAAGUCCCUCUGGGAAACCAGGAGAUAGAGGAUAUUGUGAUCUAUCUCAGCUCUCUGGGGAAGCACAACAACAUCACCAUGGAUAGCCUGAGCAACACCUACAAGCAGUGGUCCUUGGCUCAGCAGAAAAGCGUGCUGAGAACUACAAAGGACUACUAUUUCAGGUCUUCCAAGCGCAAAGCUUUGUCUCGGCAGCUGUCCAAGAAGCAGGUGAAUUUAGCUCCAAAGCCUCCCAAGAUGGACCUGCUGGCUGUGCCUGUGGUUGACACUCAGAUGGAGGCAAGGCCCUUGAGCCUGGAGGAGAUGGAAGACAUCGGCAAGCGGUACCGGCAGAGGAAGCGGCAGACCAAGCUCACAAUCCCCUCCAUCAAGUACACGGAGCAGUGCCGCCUGGUGCGCAGUGGGAAUAAGCAUUUUGACAACCACUGCCUCCCAUCCACCAUCCCCGGGGAGAUGGGCGAGCUCAUCAAUCUGUUCCGAAGGGACACCUUUCUGCUCUACCUGAAGUGCCAGAAGGUCUGUCAGUACUAUGGCCUCCCGCUGACGGAGGACAUCCUCAUAAAAGCCCUGCUGUACCCAGGGGACAAGAUCAUUUUCCAGAAGGACGAGGUGCGCCCCAUCCGGCAGCCAGGAGGCUACUACGUGGACCUCCUCCUCAGCCCAACUGCAGCCCUGCUCAAGUCCCUGGGCUUCAAAGGGCUUGCGGCUAAGAAGACCGACAAGAAACAGUCAAAGAAAAUGGACUUUGAAGAUUUUGAGAAAUUCACCAGGAAGCUGAAGGAGAAGAGGCCCCGUGGUCCACAGCGUACCCACCCCAAUUUCUUCUGGCCGGGUCACCUCUUGGACAAACUGCAGCUCUACCUGCCCUCUGCGACUGUGGACCGGAGCCUGAUGCUAUUCAGUUGUGUCCAACAGCGGCCCCCAGUUUACCCAGCCACCUACCACUCCAAUCUGUGAUGGCCCAUUAGGAAUAGGGACUACUUGACCUGUGUUUAUUUCAAUGCCCCCAAGAUCUACUACAUCGACUAGAGUGGCCCAGGUGAUGUCAGACCCAGCCAUCCUGCUGGACACCAGUGCAGCUAGCAGCCCAGAGCCAUAAACACCAGGAGUGUCAAAGAGCCAAACAGAAGAAAUCAUUUCAGUGGGAUGGCCUGGGGCUAGCUGUAUCCAGAGUAAAGUGGUGUCCAGGGUCUCAGAGGCGGAUGUGUCCAGGGAAAGAUGUGCAGUUUUUGGGUGUUUCCCUGCCCUUUUGAAAUAAACCAGACUGGAGUUUCUAUCAUGUCACCUGUGAUCCCCCUGAUGUGAUUUCUUACUCAGCUGUGGCUAGGAGGGUGUUUGGAAAAGUUGGGGUCCUGAGCCUGAGGUAAUACAACAGGCACACUCCCUGGGAUGUUGAUGGAUGCCUGCCUGGCACCUCCAGCCUCUGAUCCUGGGAUCUCAGUGUCCAAGGGGAAGCAGCAGGCAGUGUUGGGAACCCUGUGCCUUCCUCUGAGGAACGCCAUGUCUCUCAUCCCCCGCAAAAACUGAGCCACUGGAUUACUUCUUCCAAAUCUCCCGAGUCUUUUGCAAUUGGAAGCAGGCGCUCUGGU